CCGCCAAAAGAAUGUCCACGUUCACUGACUGCUCCAAGGAAAAAAAAAAACGGUGUUUUCAAGUUUCAACCGAAUCGGUAUCAGAACAGAACGUAGAGAAACAAAGAACAACAAAGUGACGAACAAAAAAAACCUAAGGUCGCCCAUCAAUGGCGGUGACCAAACCCAAGGGCAAGGGUUCUUCCGCCCCGACCUCACAAACCUCGAAUUCCAGACUUCGGCUUUAUUCUCUGUUGCUCACUCUUCAGUACGGUGCUCAGCCAUUGAUCUCCAAACGAUUCAUCAGACAAGAAGUUAUUGUGACGUCAUCUGUUUUGGCAUGUGAGAUAAUAAAGGUUAUUUUUGCUCUUAUACUCAUUGUAAGAGAUGGUGGUUUGAGGAGACUAUUCAAGGAGUGGACUUUAGCUGGUUCAUUGAUUACAUCAGGAUUGCCAGCAGCUAUUUAUGCGCUGCAAAAUAGUCUGCUGCAGAUUUCAUACAAAAAUCUUGAUUCCCUCACAUUCUCAAUGCUGAACCAGACAAAACUGUUUUUCACUGCUCUGUUUACAUAUAUAAUACUGAGGCAGAAGCAAUCAAUCCAACAAAUUGGGGCCCUCUUUUUGUUGAUAAUGGCAGCCGUUCUUCUAAGCAUUGGUGAAGGAUCUAGCAAAGGUUCUACUAGUAGUAACCCUGAUCAAAUUUUGUUCUAUGGAAUAAUUCCUAUCAUGGUAGCAUCUGUGCUCUCUGGCCUGGCUUCUGCUUUGUGUCAAUGGGCUUCUCAGGUUAAGAAACACACAUCAUACAUGAUGACCUUAGAAAUGUCUACAGUUGGAAGCCUGUGCUUGCUGGCAAGUACCUACAAGUCUCCAGAUGGAGAAGCCAUCAGACAGCAUGGAUUUCUCUAUGGCUGGACCCCACUAACUUUGAUUCCUGUUAUAUCCAAUGCUCUUGGUGGAAUUCUUGUUGGCCUCAUUACAUCCUAUGCUGGUGGCGUUCGAAAGGGAUUUGUCAUUGUUUCCGCACUUCUUGUCACAGCCUUUCUGCAAUUUAUCUUCCAUGGAAAACCAACUUCAUCGUAUAACGCUGUAGCUCUUCUACUUGUGAUUUGCAGUAUUUCAAUAUACCAGAGAUAUCCAUACCGUGUGAAGAGGAAAGAGUCCUAAGUCUCACGACAUUAGGGGAGGUAUUGCAAUUGCCCCAAUUGAUAGGAUGUUCAUUUGGUUCAAGUUGUUCUGACUUUCCAGAGAGGAGUUUUCUAGAUUCUUUUGGAGUAGUGUACAAAUGACUACUAGCUUAGGAAAUUAAGAAGGUAAUCUUUGAUUUCUUUUAUCAAAUUCAUUACCAUUUAAAUUGUAUAUUGAUGGGGGCUUAUAGUCCCUUCAGCAUAGCAAAACAUGUACAUGUAUAAUGAGCUUGAAGAAAUCCAAUGUUGUUCAUUGGAGUUCUGAAACUCUGAUCCAAGAGCAGCCAGUUAUGGGGGACUGUUUGAAGAUAAAAAAGGGAAUACUACAAAAGGCUUCAUAAUUGCACAA